AAAGUGAGAGAGCGUGAGCGAGGUUUUUUUGCGAGUUUCGGCUUUGCACUGUAGGCUGUAGUGGCUGUGCCUGCGCGUGUAUCCUCGUCAGUGGCUUGAAGGUGCAUUCAAAGGGGGGGAACGACGGGGUAAACGUACCGAGUGGAAUGAAAGAAGCGUAGAGCGAGCUGAAUUUAGAGAACGGCCACGACAGAGGCACCGCGGCAGCAGACAGCAGACAGACACCAAGUGGACUGAGGGAGAGAGACGCACACAUAAAGAAGAAAUCGGAGGGGCCAGUUGACAGUUGUCGGGUAGCCCUUUUAGAGUCUACAGAAGGAAAGACCGUGGACAGGAAUCAACAUGGCAGAUGCUGAUUUGGAUUUUACAACAGGCGAUGCUGGGGCCUCUGCCACCUUCCCCAUGCAAUGUUCGGCCCUACGCAAAAAUGGCUUUGUGGUGCUGAAGGGGAGACCCUGCAAAAUUGUGGAGAUGUCCACCUCCAAGACAGGCAAACAUGGCCACGCCAAGGUCCACAUGGUGGGUAUCGACAUCUUCAGUGGGAAGAAGUAUGAAGAUAUCUGUCCUUCCACGCACAACAUGGACGUCCCAAACAUCAAGCGAAUGGACUACCAGUUGAUUGGCAUCCAGGAUGGGUACCUGUCUCUGCUCCAGGACAGCGGAGAUGUGCGGGAAGACCUGAAGAUGCCCGAGGGAGACCUGGGAAAGGAGAUUGAGAACAAGUUUGAUGCUGGAGAGGAAAUUCUGAUCACAGUCCUGUCUGCCAUGAAUGAGGAGUCUGCAGUAGCCAUCAAGGCCAUGGCCAAAUAACCAGCUACAGGGCCUUGAGGAGAUGCACUGGACCCGGAAAAAACAGAGAGAAAAAGACCUCAGCAAUGCUCUUCUCCCACUUUUUACCUCUUUCUUUCUUUCUUUCUUUUUUUCUUGCCUCUUUCCUCUUUUUCUUUUGUUCUUUGCAGCCUCUUUCCCUUUCACGUUCUAUGAUAGCCCUUUUAAAAAAAAAAAAAUGGGUUUGAUAAUUGGAAACUGCUAAAUAAUAUAUAAAAAUAUUCACAAGAUAGUUACUUAUAGAACCCAGUGAAUGUUAGAAAAUGGCAAAACACACACAUGUACAUCUUCAUGGAGAACGAAGAGAGUUGUGUGUGUGUGUGGGGGGGAGGGGGAGGGGGGGGGGGUGUUUCUCUGUUCUGUACAGUCCAACCUGCUGUGUGUAGAUGCUAUCUUGGCAAACACGGGAGAAGUCAAGGUACAGGCUGGCGGGGUAGGCGACAUGGGUAACCACGGAAUGUUUUUUUUUAGUAAAGGCAACAAAGAAUCACAAGUAUGUAUUCUAUAAACACUUCAUUCUGUUCUGA